AUGAAUGAGGAUGCUAUCAACGGCGAGCGCCAUACAAUGGCCGACGCUGUCAAAUCUUUUCCGUCUAAUGACUCGACCUUGAGUUCGCCAGCACGAACCCCUCCGAAUGCCCUCCAUAACCGUGGGCCAAGGACUAUGCCACGGACUUCCUCGAUCGAUUCCGCAAUUUCCUCUAUCUCCUCCGCGUCUCAUUCACAAAACUCCUCUGUUGACCUGAACUCCUUGAAACCUUCGGAUAUUAAUAAUAUAAUCACAGCAGCCGGUUCUGCGGAAGCAGUGAUUCUGCAUCUACUUAAAGAUAGGCAACACGCAAUUGCACGGAAUGAUCAACUCUGGCGACUGCUCGAGAAACAACGUGCGCUUGUACUGGGGUUAAACAGAGACCUAGAACGUGCCAUAAAAGACAAGGAUCGAUAUAAGAAGAAAUUGAAAGAGUUACAAAGUCAAGCCCCGCCCUUACCAACCAACAACCAGCAGUCUUUGCCCUUGAGGGAGGGCUCGUCCAAAGAUCAAAAGUCGAAUGAAACUACCAUCGUGGAUGUAUCAAACCGGCAACAUUCGGACAGUUCACGUCAGGAUGACUCCCCCAAUACCCAACAGUCGACGAAAAGUGCUCUGGCACCAGUGCCACUUUCUGUUCCACAUUCACAUGAAGAUGUAGAGGCUGAAAUUUCGAAAGAUACCGCCGGUAUUGCACCUCAACCGCAGGCCUUUCCUACAGGACGUGCCAACCAGUACGCUUCAAGGAUGCAACAUACUCAUGGUCCUCCCGAGCUGCCACCACCUAAUCGCAAACCUCCCCCUGCUCCUCUCAAUCUCAAUCAUAUGGCACGCCGCAGCUCCCCCAUAGACCCGCAUGCAUUUCAGAACUCUGAUUCGGAGUACGAGGAUGUCGACAGAGGUCGACGAAGAACCAGGGAAGAUGAUGACAAGGAACGGGAAGCCGCUGUCAUUCGCGAGCAGGAAGCUCGCAGUAGGUCCAAGAAGCAGACGCCUGAACCUUCCUCGGGUGAACAGACGUCAUUCCCUGCUGCACCUACCGGACUUCCCUCUAGCCCCAGGAAGAUCGUGGCCCAGUCUCCUUCGCAAAUGGCUGGUGGCCAGUUUGGUGCUACAGAAUCCCUAGCCGCCAUUGUCAAUUCAAAGGAUUCGGGGCUUGUGCCACUAGGAGAUCGAAGGGGUAUGUCUCCUCCAACGCCUGGCUUACCUUUGAGUCCUCGACCUGGAGACCGACCCCUUGGAUCUCCCCUCCCAAGACAGCCUAGAGAAGGAACAGGUAUGCCUUUUUCACCGCCAACGUCACCAAGAAGUACGGUCACGAGCCUUCCUCAAUCUCCUCGAGCAAACAAACAGCCUAGCCUGCAGCCACAGAAAAGUUCACACACUCCCGAUGGCCCUGGACCCGAGAUUCCAUCCAUCGAUGUCUCUGUCAAAAUCGACAGUCCACAUUCACCUUAUGGCUUCAACAAGACUAUAUACCAAGGCCUUGUCUCCGAGAAUUACCCUGGCCUUCUUCUGCCACCCAAUGCAUUGCCAUCUAUUGAAGUCAAGGUGGCAUCUUCUCGGCUUCGCCCAUCUAGACACAGUUACAUUGGCGGUAGACCCGAGGAGGAACCUGUCUUCAUUCUUAGUGUCUUCUCACGCUUUGAUGGAGCAGAGCUAUGGCGUAUAGAAAAGGCGAUUCUUGCACUUCCACAACUCGACCAUCAAGUUCGCCAAUCAUGCGAUUUUCAAGGAAGAUUACCGGACCGAGCUGUAUUCAGUGGGCACUCUCCAGCCAAGAUUGAUGCUAGAAGGGAAGCGUUGAACCUUUAUUUUGAAACUCUACUUGAUACCCCGAUGACGGAACCGACAGCCUUGGUGAUUUGUCGCUUCUUGAGCUCCGAUGCAAUUGAGCCUCGUGAUGAUGAGACUGUUUUGAUGAAAGCUAACGGCAAGUCAACUCCGGAACUCGUCCGUGGCCCUGACGGCAGGCCCAGAAAAGAGGGUUAUCUCACGAAGAGAGGCAAGAACUUUGGCGGCUGGAAGUCCAGAUACUUCGUGCUGCAUGGUCCUGAGCUCAAGUACUUUGAAGGCCCUGGCGGAGCUCACUUGGGCACAAUUAAAAUCCCGAAUGCGCAAAUAGGCAAGCAAUCUCAGGGCGGACAUAAUCAAUCUCCGUCUCGCGCCGAGGAUGACUCUGACAAUCAAUACCGCCACGCUUUCCUUAUUCUCGAGCCCAAGAAAAAGGACACGUCAGCCCUUGUGCGACAUGUUUUGUGCGCAGAAAGUGACGCAGAAAGAGACUCUUGGGUUGAUGCUUUGUUGCAUUACGUUGAAAUACCAUCAUCUGAGGAUGAGAAAGUGAACGCGAAGUCGUCGAACGGCACGAAACAUGCUACGUCAAACACGAAGCCUCGACUAUUCCCUGCGGGCAGCAAGAAAGGCAACAAGGGUACGGAAAGCCCCGACAUUGAUGUACAGGACUCGGUUCAGAGCUUCAAGUAUGACGAUGCUGUUCCUGCUGAGCCUCCGGUUUUUGGAGGAAUGGUGGAUGAAGCUAGCAGAGGCUCUCCGACGUCGAACGAUCAUGUCAUUCCUGAUGCUAUCAAUGCGGGAUACAAUAAUCCCAAAAUCAUAUCUGGUCCAACCAAUGGUACUGUCAUUCAGGACGUCGGUGCAUGGGGCAACAAGGCUCCGACUUCCGUGAAAGAAAAGAAGCGAAGUAUUUGGGGGUUCCGAGGACAUUCAUCGUCAGACCUAGCUCAGGGCGGGGAAUCCGAGUCCCAGAAUCACAAAUCUUCAACUGAAAGGAGAGGCUCCGUUCGACCGGUAUUCGGAAUGCCUCUGGCAGAAGCAGUACAGUACUGCGGACCUAGAAAUGUCGAUGUAAAUCUUCCUGCUGUGGUUUACCGCUGUAUCGAGUACUUGGAGGCCAAGAAGGCUGCUUCAGAAGAAGGGAUUUUCAGGUUGAGUGGAUCUAAUUUGGUGAUCAAGGCACUCAAAGAAAGGUUCAAUACCGAGGGAGAUGUAGACUUUUUGGCAGGCGACCAUUACUACGACGUCCAUGCAGUGGCUUCCCUAUUCAAACAAUACCUGCGUGAACUCCCAACCACUGUUCUGACUCUUGAGCUUCAAUCUGAAUUCAGACGUGUACCUGAAUUGGAUGAUCAUGACCAGAAGAUCAGGGCUCUCAACACAUUGGUGCAUAUGCUUCCCAAGCCGAACCUAUCCCUUCUAAUGGCCCUUUCUCAAUAUCUCAUUACCAUCAUCAAUAAUUCCGACGUCAACAAAAUGACAGUUCGCAACAUCGGUAUCGUCUUCGCGCCAACGUUAAACAUACCCGCCCCUGUCUUCUCCGUGUUCCUCAUGGAAUAUGAUAGCAUUUUCGUCAAUGCACCACAGCUAAUACCUCCUGCGGAAACACAGACAUCUCCGGCUUCUUUGAUACCGGAGGACGUUCGCUCUCCACGACGUCAAAUGUUUUCGGAGCUUCCAACACCGUCAUACGGCCAAACGUCAUUCUAUGUGCCAGACGAUGCUGACCAUCAUCAGUCUCAGGAUGCAAUAAGAGCGAACUACGACACCGGCUUCAUCCCAGUGAUCCCAUCGUAUGACGGGGCAGCUCAAAGAGGCGUCGAUCCUCGACGUCAGCCUUCUAAUGCCCAACGCAUGACACGUAUGCUAGAUCCGAAUGAAAACAUGAGGUCCACCAAGGCAAAGCGGAGAGAAAGUUCCAUGCUUUUUAUGGAUAUGGGCCAUCGCAAAAGUUCUUUGCCUCGAAUGGGAGAAGACCAAGCUCUCGUCACACAAGAAUCCGCCUUUGAAUAA